CUCAAGGGUCACAAAAAAAAGACAGGAAGUGCCCCGUUCUUGCUCUCAUCGGAUUGGUCGCACUCUCAGUCCUUCAAAUCCCUUCCUAGCCAAUCGUUGACGCGCAGUCGCACUAGCGGUGCCGCCUCCGCAGAUAGCGAAGCGUAUCAUUCCUCUCCGUUGGUGUUUUCCGUUAACGUCCAUUUUACCUUUUACAGCUUGUUGUUACCGCCGCGUGUGUCAGCGCGUCUGGAGCUCCGUUCGACAUGGAGCCGACGUGGUGUUGAAGCAGCCUUGGGAGCUGUCUGAGGCGGACAAAGUGACAUGUAUCCCUGGGGCGCUGAACCUGUUCCAUCCCGCACACAAAGCCUGUGAAGCAGGCCGUGUUUUUUCUCUCUGUCACGCAGAAACACGGAUGAUGCGCAGACAUGUCGGGGAAUCAGUUCAAAGGACAAGAAGUCAGCUGCUGCAUCAAAUACUUCAUCUUUGGAUUCAACAUCCUGUUCUGGCUGUUGGGCAUGGCCUUAGUUGGAAUUGGACUGUGGGCAUGGAGUGAGAAGGGGGUCCUGUCCAACAUCUCAUCCAUCACAGACCUCGGGGGUCUGGACCCCGUCUGGCUCUUUAUGGUGGUUGGGGGCGUCAUGUUCAUUCUGGGGUUUGCCGGAUGCAUCGGAGCGCUGCGGGAAAACACCUUCCUGCUUAAGUUUUUCUCUGUGUUUCUUGGAAUCAUCUUUUUCUUGGAGCUCACGACAGGAGUCCUGGCGUUUGUCUUUAAGGACUGGAUUAAAGACCAGCUCAACUUGUUCAUCAACAAUAACAUCCGGGCUUACCGGGACGACAUCGAUCUACAGAACCUCAUCGACUUCACCCAGGAAUACUGGGACUGCUGUGGUGCAUUCGGAGCAGAUGACUGGAACCUGAACAUCUAUUUCAACUGCACUGAUGGGAACCCCAGCAGGGAAAAGUGCGGAGUACCUUUCUCCUGCUGCCACAAGGACCCGGCGGAGGAUGUAAUCAACACUCAGUGUGGAUACGACAUUCGCGCUAAACCAGACUUAGAGCAGAAGGACUACAUCAAUGUGAAAGGCUGUGUGCCGCAGUUUGAGAAGUGGCUGCAGGACAACCUCACCUUAGUGGCGGGGAUCUUCAUUGGAGUUGCACUACUGCAGAUUUUUGGGAUUUGUUUGGCCCAGAACUUAGUGAGUGACAUCGAGGCUGUGCGGGCGAGCUGGGUGCCCCCCCCUCACUCCAUUCGCCGACUCCCACCACAAUCCGGCAAGAAAGCAUCGGCUUACUACUCAUGAGACACACAUGCUGCAUGUGUGUUUGUAGCCGUUUCUUUACCUAAUGCUGAAACAGCAUUUCAACCUCUAACAGACUUUGACACAACUCCUUGAACAGCGUGUCGGGGAGCGUUCAGAGGAUGUCACUGAUCACCUGCACCACUCUGCUCACUGAACCAGCACCUUUGUCAAGGCACUAAUUUGUGAGAAAAUGCUCUGUAUAUAACACUGUGUGUGACUACUGUAAACAGAUAACCGUGUGGUUAAACAUGCACUACAUGCAGAUCAUCACAACGCUCCAGUUUUGAUAGCUACUGUUAGUGUAGAGACUAGAGGUUUUGAUACAUCUUUUUGAUAUUAGAUCGGUAUUUUUCACUGUGGAAAUAUUGCUCCAUUGCUAAACCCAUCUGAAUUAGUGUGUAAAAAGAAACUGAGGUGUACUUUUUUCUCAAAGUUCUGCGCUUGGCUUACGUAGCUUUCUACUACUUUUCCACGACAUAAUGCAGACGUGGGGGAAUGUCUCUAAAGUUACAAAACAUUGUCCCGAUCUCGUUAUUAUUGCUCAAAAUAAUAUUUUGAGAAUAUUUUGCGUGUCACAGCAGAUUGUGGGGCUGCAGUUGAGAAGUAAAAAAGAAAAAAAACUGCACAACUUUUCUUCAACCUCGAAGGAAACCUCAAGAGUUCGAGGAAUAAGAAGAAUUUACACUAUAGGCUGUAUAUAUAUACAUAUGGAAGAUAAACAAUGACAAGUCUACGUGUCAGAGCAGAACCAGAGAGAACAUUUCAAUUACUCACAGGAAGUAACCGCUCAUUAUAAAAACGUAACAAAUGUUGAAAUAAUAUAAUGAACCUAAUUUGUGCAGCAUGUUUCAAAAGAGACUCAAUACAGGGGCUGGCUCCUUCAGAGGACGCGGUCUACGCAACCCACAAAGGCCGAACCAAAACCAGGCAAUCUGGUCCACAGAGGAUUUCCGGAAAUUGGCGUCAAUGAAAAGUGGGGGACGGCAUUAUCUCCUUUCCGUGGUUUGAGUAUGGCCAGCGUUUCCUAAAGGAGAUAUGUUAGGAAGCAUUGGAGUUCUUUCCCUCAGCAUUCACAGAAUUAGAGCAGCUCUUUUUUUUGUAACACCUUCAAAAAAAAAUACCAAUCAGCUGCAGCCCAGAGACUCUUUGAGCUGCCACGGUCUCUUCUCAUCUAUUCACUGACAUGGAUUUUUUAUUUUGUGUUCGGCCGACUGUUCAUCAGCACUAAGGAAAUUUGUGCGUUCAGUCCUGAUGGUAUCUUAGAGCUUAACAUUCUCCCUCCACAUUCUAACUGGUCCAACAUUAAACAGGUCACCAUGAAGUACUUUCAAGCAUUCAGCAUAAUGAGUUCAUACUCGACCAGUGGACUGACAGGAAGCGCAGUUAAUUACAUGAGGGGGUUUUCCUUUUACUAAAGGAACAUUUUAAUGACCAGCAUGUAGCACCAACGUGGUGGUCGUUGCUCUGGUUUUACUUUAAAUCACACUAAGUAUUGAUAACUGUCAAAUAAACAUCUGAUCGGUUUAUUCUUUGCCUCAGGUGCAUUCUCUUCUUACACCAUUUUAUAAACGCUUCUUUUUGCUUGGACAAAAUAGGUUCUUAAGUUUAAAAAAGAGAUUUCGAUCUGGACAGCUGCAAACCACAUGUACGUCGAUAGAUUGUGUAAUAAUUCCCAACCUUUAAAUAAGCACCACCAGCCUUUAAACUAACUGUACAUUCCAGAGUUCAUCUGAAGCUCAUGUGAGGAGGCUUGGACAUUCUGUCCACAACCAGUUGAAUCGGGUUGUGGUGCUUACAUGUAGGUUAGGUAGGUCAGACGGGUUGUAAGCCUGCUGCCGUGACUCAGGAGGAAGAACAAAAACACACCACAGCACAGAUAGAGGCCGACUCAGACUGUCAUGAAGUCCUACCCACGGCUGAGCUCGCUCUCACAUUGAACAAUGAGGAUGCUGUCCCUCCAUUUUUUCCCACAUUGCCAUAAUUAUUUCAAGGCCGGUGUGGAGAGUAGUGAUGAUGUCAGCAGCAAGUCUCUUAAGGUGCUGCACAAUGUUGUAAUAUACUACCAUUAAAUGGAAUUGUUUGAAUGGCGUAUGGCACCAGAAUUCCAAUACUGUAUUCGUGCUUGUGUUGAAAAGUCCUAAUAAAAUAGAACAACACAACAGUCCUGAAGGUUUGACAAACAACACUUCCCAUCUUAAAAUAAAAUGUAGGUCCACAUAAACAAGUUACUACAAAUGUAAUGUCAUUGCAUUAUAUGGUUAUUACUUUUUUAAUGAGGUUUCACGUAAGUCGGGUGAUAGCCGUCAUGAAUUAUUUUCGUUUUUUUGAUGUGAAGGACUUUUUAAUAUGGUGAGAUGGGCUUUUUGAAACAAUACUUUCCUCUUACGUCACUGCACUUACCUGAAGAGAACAAGUCUGGCACGCGUGUCCUAUGAUUGUCUUUCACUGUGUGUGCUACUGAUUCAGAGCUGAGACGAAAAACUUUAAAUCCAGCCCAGAGUUAAAAAAAAAGGAGUUGAGAUGUUAUUUUAAAUCAGUGUUUCUUCUCAUGGUUUGAAGAUUACUUCCACGAAGCAUUCAUCACUGGUUUCUAGUCACUGAGUUAUUAAGACUACUUCAUCGGUAAAUUAUCUACAGUCUAAAAAUGUCAGUGUUAAGCUACUCAAAAGGGAUCAACACUGUUUUUGAUACUUAAUAUUUAUUGUAUGUUUGUUUUGGUUUUCUAAUUUCCCCUUGUAUUGUCCAGAUUAUCUUUUUGUUCUCCUGAAGCUUAUUUUUCACUCUACAGACUUGAGCGUUAUGUCAUAUUUUACAAGGGGGGUUGUACAAAAUACUGGAGGAGUUGUGCAGGCCUCAUCUCUCACUCAUCACUACCUGUUUCACUUUCAACGAUUGUCUGUAUGAUCACAUUACACUGAUGAGUCUAAACGUUAUUACCACUGUUGCCUUUUAUGCAUUGGAUCCUCCAAAUCAGUGUCACUACCCAGAUCCCACUUGCAGGGACGGACCCCAGACGACCCCUGAAGGUGCCCUGUAGUUGUUCCAUCCUGCUACCAUCCCAACCAUGUGGUCAGACCAGGGUUUAUCCCUUCUAAGUGGGAGUUUGGUAGCCCCCCGUCACAAGCCCUGGUGGUUUGGAAAAGCUUUGACCGAGUGGUAUUGAGUUGGACCCUUCACCACGGUCCAAACGCAAUUCUAACAGAUCCUAACCCCAACAUUUGACAGCUCUUUGCACCACUGGUAUCCACCUCAUGUGGUCAUAACGUUUGAGCUCAUCAGUUUACAUCCCACAAACAUUGUAAUGUAACUACCUCCUCUCAUUUGCUUGUUUCAUGUCCUGCUCAAAUUGGACUGAUUUUAAUAUCAAGUAAGGUUACUUAAUAAAAGUGACAAAAAAAUGA